GGGGUGAACCGUCAUGGAGCGAAACAUCCCGUUACCCCAAGAGUAUGUCUAAAACAGACCGACAUAAGACUUUUACGGAGGGGCGAACCCUAGCUAUCUGAAUAGAUCCGAGCCUUGUAUCCCAAGUACUCCAGCACUAGCCAGUUGCGUACAAGUGUACCAUAUGAUCUGGUAACCUUUUCUGAACCACCACGUAUCUCUCGGUACACCUCGUCCGAUUACAUCUGAUGUUAGGAUAAUCGACCGAGGUUAGCCGAAUGCUGCACAUGUAACGCCACGGGACCUGAAUUUAUACGAUUGUGGGUCCACAUUAGAUUACACGCGAUAUUUUCUCAAGUUAGAAGCGACCCAAAGAAAGGAAACAGAAAAUGAAUCUCUUCGACUUUGGACAAGGAAUAACACUGAAGGAACUUUUAGAGAAUCCAGAUUUGAAGAAUCCACCCAAACUAAAUGAUGGGACUGUGAAAGGAAAAGUGGGACCGGGGAAGAUCGAUUCUUCCUCAGCAUUUUUAGGGCCCAAUCUUUGGAACAAUCCUGAUAACAAUGACUUCAAUCUGGAAUUCAUGGAUCUGGACGAAUUUCUGUCAGAAACCGGGAUUUCUAAUGAGGACAACUCCACCUCCAGCGAAGGGAAAUCUCCAGGGUCGGCGAACUCUCCCGCGCCACCUGGUGACUUCGCAGAUAUUCUGCUGCCCCUGGUAGACUCACCUAAGGAAGAUGAUAUCAAUGUGUUGCCAUGCUCACCAGAUGACACGACUGUAACCUCGCCACCGAGUAGUCCAGAGGUCCAGUAUGAUAUUGACCCCACUGACCUCGCUCUUGCUUCCAUUCCAGGUCAAAAUUUUGACCCUAAAAGAAGAAAGUUUACUGUAGAUGAACUGAAACCACAGCCAAUCAUCAAGAAGUCAAGAAAGGUGUAUGUGCCAGAUGAAUGCAAGGAUCAAAAGUAUUGGAGUCGCAGGAAGAAAAACAAUGUAGCAGCUAAACGAUCACGGGAGGCUCGGCGAAUCAAAGAAAAUCAGAUCGCGUUACGGGCAGCGUAUCUAGAGAGGGAAAACAACACAUUGAAAGAUGAGAUGAAAAAAUUACGGCUUGAAAAUUCACAACUGUCACAAAGACUUGAUAAGUAUGAAGGGAAGUCACUUUUGCACUGAGAUGAAGUGAUUACAUCCCUGGAUAUAUGCAAAACUGUUUUUAAACUGAAUUGAACGGUCUAGAUUUGCAGAUGGUACCGUGUGUGGGAAGUGCAACCCACAUUUUAUAUUUUCUACCUCUUAAAACGCCAAGGUCAUUUACACCUACCUUCAGUAACAAAUGAGAUACUGUAUGUUUCAAUGUCCAUUGUCAGACAUAGUAUUUUUUGAAAUGGUUAUAUUCAAUAGGGCCUUGACUUUGUUGUAAUUAAUAUUCUUUUAUUAAUUGCCUGAUGUUUAUAUAGAUAUGAAUGCACAUAACACACUUAUCGCUGUAUAUGUAUAGUAGCAAUUUGUUCUCAUAACCAUCAAGUGCUGUAAAUGUUUGCAGUCCUAUAGACGUCGUACUGUGUAGUUCUCGUUCUAUGCAUGAUUUAUACAGGUAACUGUUUAGGUUAUAGUUUGUCUGUUACACAUUCUGGGAAAUUCUCGGGAUUUUUCUAAUCAUUCAUGUUGCUAAAAGUAUGUGUUGCCUGUGACAAUAGUGAAGAUGAGGAGACCACAUUGAAAAGCAUGGCAAACAAAGAGAAUGUGAAUAUGUUCUCCUAUAUAGUUUGGGAUAUUUACAUGUAUCUGUGUAUAUGGAAAGUUAAGUACAUCAUUACUUUGUGUACUUAUUAUUUUGUAUGUUUUAUUUUUUGCCAUUCAUGAUCAUUACACAUUGUCAAAAAUUUAAACAAAAUUUCCUACCAUCAACAUUAAGGGGGCUGUCAUACAACCAGUGAUUUUCUCUUUUUUCCAUUAUGAAUGUACUGCCAUGGUUUUGACAUUACUUAUAGAUUGUGAAAUGUUUCUCCGUUGUAAAGGUGAAUAUUAUACGUUUUUGUUUAAAUUUCACAUGAACAACUUCCUGAAAGUGUUAAAUCCUCUGUAAUAUCGUCACUUCCAGUUCUUGUAUGGAGAAAUUCCUUCACAUUUUGACUGUGAUCUGUAGAUAUUUGUUAUUGUGUACAUACUUGUUUGUUGACAUUAAUAAAAUAGAUAUCUACACUGUU